CGCGUUUACUUGCGGAGCUGGGGCUGCGGCAGCCGCGCCGGGGGCUCCGGCACCGGCGGGACCACAGGAACGGCCCGGGAUGCGCAGGGCAGGGGAUGAACGGACUCCGGGGUGCUUCGGGGCUUGUUCUGCCACCCCGGCGGCACCUCGGCCUCUGCAGGGGACGGCAGCGCUGAAAUGCGGGUUCGGUCCCUCCGACAUCCAUCUCCCCAACCGAGAAGCUUUCCGGAAACCGAGAAAUUCUCCAGAAACCGGUAGCUGACCCCGAAGCCGGUAAGCGAUGCCGCCCCGCGGGGGGAAAGGGCUGCCCAGAGGAAGAAAGAAUGUCGCAAAAGCACCUGAAGGAAGCCUUCAUCAGCAACUUAAAUGGGACCAGCUUGCUGGAAAUUUCAUUGGGCUUGACUCUAGCUCCACUCUGCCUGCUUUGCAGAGGGCUCCUCUUGAUUCUGUAUUACCUGCACUACGGGAGACCUUUAAACUCAAGGAAAUACAGCCUGCUGCUAGACUUCCUUGUGCUAGUGUCUCCUCUCGUGUUCUCCUGCACAGUCUUGUCUCCAGUCAUGUGUUGCGUGCCAGCUAUCCUCAUAGCCUUCUGUGCUGGAAUAUUCUCCAAAAUAUACAGCCAAAGAAAACAUAAGACUAGAGUCCCUUUUAGGCAAAUUGUAAAAGACUUCCAGGAGACGUACUUGGAUCCAGACUACAUUCCAGCAAUAACCGCAUUUCGUGUUUAUGUCAACGUGUUGACAUCAAUCAGCAUUUUAGCAGUGGAUUUCCCGCAAUAUCCACGGCGAUUUGCCAAAGCCGAGACUUAUGGAACAGGAGUUAUGGAUUUUGGGGUUGGAGCUUUUAUUUUUGGUAAUGCUCUUGUUUGUCCUGAAGUUAGACAAAAGUCUUGUGUGACACAAUCCAAAUUUUCCAGUCUGGCCAGGCAGUUCUUUUCUGUUUGGCCGUUGAUUUUUCUUGGCGUUGGACGACUGCUGAGUGUCAAAUCUAUAGAGUACCACGAACAUACUUCAGAGUAUGGAGUGCACUGGAAUUUUUUCUUUACCUUAGCAUUUGUGAGGCUUGCAGCAUCUCUCCUUUUAGCUAUAUUUCCAAAAAAUAUUUCUUGGAUCGUUGCUAUAAACCUGGCUGUACUUUAUCAGCUUACUCUUAACACUACCUCUCUGAAGAUGUUUAUCUUGCAUGGCGGCGACGGCAGAGGUACCAGGGUUGGCUUUUUAAAUGCCAACAGGGAAGGACUGCUCUCUCUCUUUGGAUAUUUAGCCAUCUAUCUGGCGAGUGUGCAAGUGGGGCUGUGUCUGCUCAAGUGCAGGAACUCAGUGCGAGGCUGGAUCCAAGUGGUGUGUUUGUCGCUGCUCACGGUUCUCAUGCUCUUCCUAAUUCUUCACUUCUCACAAGCCCACGCGGACCCCGUGUCGCGCCGGAUGGCUAAUUUAUCCUACUGCAUGUGGGUGGUUGCUCACAGCCUAAUGUUCCUGGUCUGUUUUGUGGUGACCGAUCUCGCCCUGGUGUUCACAAAGCUGCUGGUGAAGGGCUCCAGCGUGCCCUGUUGCUGGAACAUUCUAAAGCCGCACAGUACCAGUGGAAAGCGCGGAACAGAGGCCAUGCCUGUGGGGAGGGCAGGCACGCUGUCGCACAUUUGCUUAAUUAGCGCUAUUAAUAAAAAUCAAUUACUAUUUUUCUUGCUAGCAAAUGUUAUGACAGGUACUGUGAAUAUACUGAUAGAUACAAUCCACAGCAGGACUGCAUUUACAUUGUGUAUACUACACUUGUAUAUGUUUGUUAACUGUUUAAUUAUGUAUAUAUUGCAUGCCAAAAAUAUAGUAUUAAAGUUUUGGUGAUUCCA